AUGUGGUUCACAGGUCCUCAAUUUCUGCUUCAUGAUGAAGAACAUUGGCCUCCUAACAACCUUGACAACAUUGAUAUGGAAGAGAUAACUAAGGAAAAGCGCCGUUCUACUUUUGCUAUUGAAAAAAAUGAGAAAUACAUAUUAGAUGUUAUUUCAAAGUGUAGUUCAUUCAACAAAAUAUUGCGCAUAAUCUCCUAUGUACAGCACUUUUAUCAUAUAACCAAUAAAAGAAUUGGUUAUUCUAUUAAUUCAAACAGUCUCUCUCCGCAGGAACUCGAAAAAGCACUACAUUGCAUUGUCUGGGUGAUACAGCAACACUAUUUUGCAGAAGAUGUUCAACGUUUGCUGAAGAAGAAAUCAAUUGAAGGGGCUCUCAAGUACCUAAAUCCAUUUUUUGAAGAAACUUCCGGUUACAAUUUACUGAAGGUAGGUGGGCGUUUGGAAUUGAGUGAUAUUCCAAUUGGACAAAGACAUCCAAUAUUAUUAAUACCGAAGAACUGUACAUUUGUCAAACUUUACGUGCAUCAUCUACAUUUAUCAAAUUACCAUGCAGGUUCAAAUUUUGGAUUAUUAACGCUCGUGACAUUACUCGCCAGGUGCUACGAAGGCGGUGCACAUCGAAGCGGUCUCAGAUGGCUGUUAUCAACAAAUGCGUUUAUUGCAGCGCUAAAACGACUGAUUGGUAGGAGAGGUUUACCAGCUGAAAUUUAUUGUGAUAAUGCUACUAACUUCGUUGGAGCUAGUAACAAAUUAUUAGAUUUGAAAAAAUUUUUGUUUGAUAAAUCCAAUCAAACCAUUUUGCAAAGAGCACCGCAUUUCGGAGGGUUAUGGGAGGCGGCAGUGAAGUCAGCCAAAGGUCAUCUCAAUAGAACAUUAGUAAACACUCGCCUUACCUUCGAAGAACUUGGUAGAGCACUAGUGGAAAUCGAGGCUGUAUUGAACUCGCGACCGAUUACGCCAUUAUCAUGCGAUCCAAAUGAUUACGAAGCCUUAACACCAGCACACUUCCUCAAAGGCAGUACACUUAAAGCACUACCGGAGCUAACUCCUAUAGAUGAGAAUAUAGAACCAACAGAUAGGUGGGCCCGUAUCACAGCAGUAAAAUACUACUUCUGGCGAAAAUGGUCAAAGGACUACUUAAAUGAGCUGCAAGUUCGUACAAAAUGGACGGCAGAAAGCCCUAACGUUACAACAGGAGCUUUAGUUUUGAUACACGAAGACAAUACACCUCCUCAACGUUGGCCAAUGGGAAGGAAUAUUAAUUGUAUUACAGGCCCAGAUAACUUGGUGCGAGUAGUAGAUGUGCAAACCAGCAAGGGUAUAAUACGUCGUCCGAUCCACAAACUAGCAGUACUACCUUCUUGA